AUGUCACAACAUCAAACUACUUCUGCUUCAAAAACUACUAAGUCCACUCAAAAGGUUAGCGCUCCUUCCAUGGACUUUCAUGAUGAUGAGAUUCUGGAUGUGAUUCCUCUAUCAGUUAUUCCCUGUGAGGCCCUUGAUUUGAACCAUCCCAUGGAUGCAUUAGCUUCUGCAUGCCCCAAUCAAGGACAUUUUGUGAAGGAAGUCUUUACUCCCCUGUCUAAAAUAUACCCCUCUCCUGAGAUUGAACAACAUAGUGAGAAGAAUGACAAUUCCUCCAGUUCUGAGAAGGACAUGGCUCCUGAAGGUUUGUGCUCCCUAGGGCAAACUGUGUCUGGUAAAGGAAAAUUUGUGGCAUCUAAAACUGCCAAUCCAAAUGUGGCUAAGCGUAUGAAGACUAGAAAAGGAAGAUCUGUGGAUGAACUGAUGUCAGCUAGAAUAGCUAAGAAGAUUGCUGGUGUUGGUCCUUCCAAAUCUUGGAGCAAGGUUGAAGUGAAGAAGAGGAAGGUUAGAGAAGUUUCUGAGUCUGAAGAGGGUGUUGAGCAAGAUGUCCCUGACAUCUCUCCUGUGAAGAAGACCACUGUGAGGAAGUCCCCUGUGAAAGUUGUUGCUAAGACUGUGGUUGGGUUCUCCAAGUGCUAUGAGGGUUUAGUUAAGGAAUUCAUUGUCAACAUUCCUGAGGAUAUUGCUGAUAAGAACAGCAAGGAAUUUUGCAAAGUGUUUGUGAGAGGUGAAUUGGAAGCUACAGACAAUAAGGUCUGUAGAGAAAUUACAGCCAGGCAGGUGAAAGGGUGGCCUAUUAAGAAGCAUCUUCCUGCUGGGAAGUUAACUGUCAAGUAUGCUAUAUUGCAUAAAAUAAGAGUUGCAAAUUGGGUGCCUACAAACCAUAUUUCCACAAUUGCUAAUACCCUUGGAAGAUUUAUGUUUGAAGAAAUUAUCAAGCAUGCAUCUACUAAUGCAGUUAAGCUGCCUAUUGUCUUUCCCUCUAUGAUUUGUGGGAUUAUCCUGAAUCAACACCCUAGUAUUCUGAGUUCUAAUGACUUACCUAGUAGAAGGAAACCUGCUCUGUCUAUGCACUAUAAACUUUUUGAAGGCAGUCAUGUCAAAGACAUUGUUAUGACAUCUGCUAUGAAAAAGCCAGACUCAAAAGUUGGAACUAUUGCUGAGCUGAAGAAGACUUGUAAAGAGUUGGGUGAAGGGAUAAGGGUAGCAACAUCUAGGAAAGAAUCGUUGGAAGCCCUGAUUGCAAGCUUGGAGUAA